GCGAGUUCAUUUUGUUUUCCAACAAAGAUAUUGUAUUAUUUCUGUGUCUCAUAUUUCUAGCAAAUGAAAGGCAAGUUGUCUCAUAUCCGAUACAGUGUUAGCACAACUUUUAUGUUGAGUAACUUGAAAAUAUUCCUGAUUGCAGUCGUCGAACCCAUGUUAUAUUUCGUUUUAUUUUAAAUUAAAAUCUUACUAAUUGUAAGUUUUGAGUGAAAUUAUUUACUAUAGAUGUUGUGAAAUAAAUCAAGUGAAACAGAAUUAGUAUGGAAUAUCACUAUUCCGACCUUUGUAUGCCGACGGAUCAUCUGCUAACUGGACCAUAUGCCGCAGAAUAUGCUCCACAAUACUUGGUACCGAAGCAAUCAGCGGAAUAUGAGGUGCGGUCCAGUGUACUUGUGGAUGGGGGAGACCGGUUCGGGGUGUCCGCUGUGGUGUUUGACAAGUAUGAAGAGCUGAUAUGGAUGGGGAAUCAGGGAGGUCAUGUAACAUCAUACUAUGGACCUGGAAUGCAAAAGUACACAUCUUUUCAAGUACAUGAGUCGGAAGAAGUGAGAGAUAUCAUAACUGUUGAACAAGGUAUAUUUGCACUUACAAAGACAACUUUAAGACAUCAAAUACGAAGAGGGAUUCCGAAACGGACUUUCAAAUCACCUAAUAUGACAGAUAUGCAAUGCCUCUUCCAAGUGAGUGCUACUAAAUUGAUGAUGGGAGGACAUCAGAACAAAUUAAUUGACUUAGAUCUCAACAGAAUGAGUGAAACUGCUAUUCCUAUCCAAGAAGAAGGUUGCGCAGUGCUGCGUAGUGGCGGUGGUUCUUUAGUGGCAUGUGGUAGUGCCAAUGGAAUGGUCGCCUUACGGGACAUUCGGACCCCGACCACAGCCGAACAUACCUUUACAGCACACUCCGCUUGCCUCUCAGACUUGGACAUGCAAGGAGAUUUACUCAUCACUUGUGGAUUUACGCAAUCCGUGGGUAUGGCAGUAGCCGAGCCCUAUGUGUUAGUAUGGGACGUUCGUUGUCUACGUGGCAACAGUAAGCCGGGUGAAGGUGCCUGGUCACUGCCCACAGUGUCGCCGCCAUUGUUACUGCACUUCCUGCCCGCGUUCUCCGGUAGAGCAGUCGCGUUGUCCGGCGACGGCCAUGUUGCUUUGUUACAUGUUAACGCACCUAAUGCUACUGAGCAUUCUGUCUUUCAGGUGGACACUCAAAGUUCCCAAUGCAGUGUAAUGGAUGUAUCCUCCACAAGUCAAGCGCUAGUGUUCGGUGAUCAAUCCGGACAUCUUCACUUGUUCUCCCCUCAACACAACCAUGAACCAGUGUUUAACAACUUUUCCAGAGCAACAGAGUUCGCGGAUCAAGUGUUAGGUAUUCCAUACGUUGGGUUCAACGACACCACAUUCCAAUUCUCCACUGUUCCACUACCUCCCCUAACUUCGGGCACCAAAUGGUUCAACGAAUUACCUGAAGAAUUCUUCAAGAGAAUAUACAGGAAACCGAAACAGAUAGAUCCAGAAGUACUUAAGUCUAUGAAAAUGCAGGGGCCUAUUGGAUAUGCGCCGAAUCCUAGAUCUUUUAAAAGGAAUCAGAUGCCGUACAUAGAAGAUAAUUUCGACGAUUUGAAUUCUUCGAGACAGAAUGAAAAUAAAUAUGUCGCGCAACCCAUUCCUAAGCACUAUCAAAAGAUAGACAUACGCUACAACAAACACGGCCCGAACGAGGAGCUAGAGAAGCUGAAUAGAACAGGUCUUCCAGGGUUAGAGACUACGUUACCUAACUCAUAUUGCAAUUCUAUGUUGCAGGUUUUAUAUUACACAUUGCCGGUUAAGGCGACCCUCUUAGCACAUACAUGUGCCAAAGAAUUUUGUCUCAGUUGCGAAUUGGGGUUCCUUUUCAGAAUGUUAGAUACGUCUGGUGGUGCGCCGUGUCAGGCUAAUAACUUCCUUCGCGCGUUCCGUACUGUGCCUGAAGCGGCCGCGCUGGGGCUUAUAUUGCCUGAUAGAGGACCGGAUUCCAGGGUCGAUUUGGUUGCUUUAAUACAGAGUUGGAAUCGCUUCAUUCUGCAUCAGAUUCACUACGAAAUACUGGAAACUCGUAAAAAGGAGAAAGCUCUAUUAGUGAAUAGUCCACCGAAACCCGUGCGGAUGCCAGCUGUGAACGUAAAGAGACCUGCUCCUCAAGGGAACCAGCUCAAUGGGCAGUUUUCUGAGGAAUAUCAGUAUACGGAGCUGGAGUUCUUGGGACCGGCUACCGAGUUUGAGGGUAGUGAAGAGCUGAGGGAAGAAGGGUGGACAGCUCGGGAGGAUGGUGCAGGUGAUGCAGAUUCAGUUCCAGUUGAUAAUCAUGAGCUGCCAACUAACCAGCAAGCAGAUAGAGAAGAGUCAGAGAUAUCACAACUCUUCGCCAUCGGGAGACACCAGCUCAACCGGUGUAUGAAGUGCAACAAGGAGGAAGGCCGGGAAUCCGUAGUGUUGGCCUGCGCUCUCCAGUAUCCCACAGCAGUCCGGGAAGGUCCGGAGCCCCGCGGUGGGUUCUUGGAACUAGUUCGCGCGUCACUAGCGGCGCGACGUAGUACGCCGGCGUGGUGCGAACAUUGUUCCAGGUUUACACCUACUGUACAACGGGGGAGAAUCGUUAGAUUGCCACCGAUACUAGCAAUCAAUUGCGGUGGUGCUACAGUUCGAGAGAAGGCGUAUUGGGCUAAAGGAGUCCAGAAAGAGAUGCCGGAGAUGAAGCGAGGUGGCGGUGGUAAGCCGUGUCGAUAUGGACUACACUGCGCUCGACCAGGCUGCCAUUUUAAACACCCAGAAAGGCCUAGUCCCCAAGCAGGGUCAUCAAAGACACCUGCGCAGGAAUCAAACUGCGUUUUACCGCAACAGCUACUUAUAAGACUGCAAUCUGAUGGUGACGUUGUAAUUAAUGAUAAGGUGGAAUCCCCAACAGACCCACACACACCGAACAAUAGGGCUGACAAGCAUAAGAAAAAGAAUGUAACUACACAAUCCGAAGAGGAAUACACCCUGUCCGCAGCCGUAGUCUGUAUUGAGGACAACCCUAAGAACUUGGUCGCGUACAUACAGACUGCUGGGAAGGAUGUCGAGCCUGUUUGGUACUUGUUCAACGAUUUGAGUAUUGUCCCAGUGAGUGCAGACGAGGUGGUACAGUUCGGCGCGUGGUGGAAGACUCCGUGCGUGUUGUUCUACACAGCCGCCGCGCGCGCCCCGCCGCCGCGCUCAUAGCACGCGCUACUGUAUGGACCGCGGGGCUACGGUGCUAUCGUGAGUCCAUACGUAAUGAGCGAGAUGUACUACUCCGUAUCGACUGCGACGCAGGCGCAAUACAACUUCGUUCAAUAAAUUCCAAUACAUUGUAAGCUCAAGGAAACGUUCGGCGGCACAAAAUUGUGUGGACAAAUGUAUGAACUGAAAUUAUUAAUUAGUAUGUGUAAAUUAUGGCGAUUUUAGCUAAACGAUAUCCUGGUUUGAUGAAGAUGUUGAACUAAAUUAGUGUAAGCCUUUGGUUAAUCAUAAAUUACUAUAGUGUAAGGAACCAAUGAGGGUUAACGUUUUUGUGGCCACCAGAUAGUGCUAAUAUAAUUUGAAGUCUUAUUUGUUCAAUAACUGGUUGAUGUCAAGUAUUUGAUACUAGAAAAUUUUGUAUUGAAAAAUUAAGACCUUGAUCUAUUAUAGCGCCAUUUAGUGAGCACAAAAACGUCACCCAUUUAUUAGGAAUGCCUACAGGGCAUGCCUAGAACCGUACUUAUAACAGAUACUAAACAGUAUCUGAAUAAAAAAUAAAUUGUUUAAACCGACAUCUUUAUCAAACCAGUCUCGCUAAAUUAUGUAAAAUUUAUUAAGUUAUGGAAUAAAGAUUUUUUUAUAUUCAUGCAGAUUGUACUCAUAUGAGAAGAGGCUGUCUGAUCUCAAAACUUGCAGGAUAUUUUACAUAUAUAUUUGAAGACGCAGCCUAAAGUUGCGAUAUUAUGUGCCUAAAUACUUAUUGUACGGAUAUAUGUAUUCCUUAAAGCCUAAUAUUGCGUAACCUACCUCAAACAUAUUCCGUUCCUAUAAAGAUUGUUCGGUCAAGUUCUGAGAGAAGACAGCUAAAGAAUGUAUUUUUGUAUUGAGAGAGUAAUGGUAACAAUGGCGAAACGUCUAUUAACUCAAGAUUGAUCUAAAUUAUUGAUAAGUAAAUGAAUGAAGUUACGUAAUUGAAUGUUUGUGUUAUCUGUUUGCUUUUGACGAAUUAUUACUUAAAUAAAUUGGUUUCUUCAUUUCACAUAUCGAUGGAUGUCUUUUAAAAUUAACACUGAUGUAUUGAGAUUAUAAGUAACAUUUGUCUUAACAUUUUUCUUUUCUUCUCUUUUAUAAUAUUAUUCUAUUCUGACCAAGACUUAUUUAAUUAACGUAAAAGCCGUAUUUCAAUGGUAUGGUCUAAUUGGGUACUUGCCUUCAUCAAAAAUAAAUUAUUUCGACUGUUCAAUACAAUAAAAUAUUAAAAAAAAUAUUCACACUUUCAUUCAUUGAUUUUAUGAGCAAAUUUUUAAGAAAUAAGUACGCUAUAUGACUGUACAAAAACGUGACGUAAAAAUACACAAUCUCGUACAAAAUUCAUAGAAAACUGUCGUUUAUGACAGUUCGAAAAAGUAUUGAAUUUGACUAGUUAGCAAGUACCCAAUUGUUGGACGACUAGUGAUGCAACCAACAAAUACAGUAACAGUACAAUAGUUGAUUUGGUUGCGGCAAUCUGAGGCCUUAGUACGAGUUUAUUUUUUGUUUAAAGUACGAGACGGCGUUCUGUGCUCU